GUCUCGUCGGAUCGUGGCUGACUCCGGGGUGAUGGCUCGCAUCGUCCACGGCCUUGAUUUGUGACGGGAGUCGGUGAGACAUCUGAUUUGUUGCAGCGGCAGCAGCAGCAGGAGGCUUGUAAACAACAAUGAUCACGGACUCCGGAGACGGGUCAUGUACAGGCCAGGACGUAGCUUUUCCUGGAGGAUUUCGGUACGGCCGCAGAGAUUCUGCGCUGCCAAAAGUUCAUCGGCAGCCUCGCGAUUUUAUUACGAGCUCGUAACGAUUGUGAACGACAUCGUCGAGCCGUUGCACGUUAUGACUAUGUCUGACCCGAUGAACGACCGACCGACCGACCGAGAACGACGAGAGACUCAUCACAUGCAUUAUGAAGCUUAAGGAUGAAGAGGCAGGAGGGAGGAGGAGGCACAUUGCCUACGGCAUUCCGUUGUUCUCUGUCUGGCGAGCGCUCCGCAUCUCCGUAGGAGUUGUUGUCUGUCUGUAUGGGCGAUGCAUAUGAUGCCUCGAAAUAAAGGCAACAUUCGGUUCUAUAUGUGAACACAGUGACAGCGACGGCGAUAUCUUCCAGCAUUCCAUUCCCUGGGCAGUAUUUAUGACUCCCGUCUUGGAGUUUGGAAGCUUGUAUACGCGGCAUCAUCGUCGUUGCCCGGCGGCAUUCAUUCAAUUGCAGCCGCACCGCUGCAUGAGUAAAAGCCGGGUCGAUAAUCUCUUCUACUUUCACUCGAAGGACGAGGCUCUCGUGUAAUCAUUUCCCGACUCCGACUCCGACCCUGAUCCCAGCCAAUCCCCACGGCUGCAUCUGAGCUGGUUGCCGAUGCUGCAGCUCAGCUCCACUCUCCACAUUGGUGCCCCCAAGACGCUGAUUUCAUGUGGUAGCUCGGACCCGAAUAAUUGUCUUUUCAAGAGAACUCUUUGCUCAGACACUGCGGAGCGCGAAUCAGGGAAACAGUGGCUCGUGAUUUCCUUUUCUCCCGCAAAGACUCGUACGUCUCCGAGUGCUAUCAUGUUAGAGUGUCAAAUUCGAGGGGCAACGGAAAGUGUGUAUUGAAUGCUGGCCUCAAUCGGGAAAACAUCGACAAUUACUCGCUGCCUGCUUCGGGUUUUGCCUACACAUUGUAAACGUAAGCCUCCGAAGGCCCCUGGGAGGAGGAGCAGCAGCAGACGAGGCACUCGAGUGCAGGCUUGUUGUAGGUCGUAGCAGUCGUCGUCAACACAUUCAGAAGUGGAUAAGAGCAGCAGGAGCUGCCAGUGCCGACGAGCCGACGGCAGAGAACAAUGUCAGUGUGUUGGUGAGGGCGGGUUGUCACCUAUAUACGUCGCUAGUUCGAGAGCUGUGAGUCGUGGAAGGCUAGAGACUGAGAAUUCGAAGGCCAUGGGGCCUCGGUUUGGAAUUCGUCAGCAUGUGGAGUCACCAGCGUGGGAGGUUCAGGUGGGCGGUGAAUAUGUGGUAGUGAGAGGUGGAUGGUGGUGUUGCACGUCAUUGCAAGGCUCACUGUCAACGAAUUAAGGCAGGAAGGCAGGCAGGAACUCGGCCUGGAACGUAAGAAGUGACGUGACUGGUUUCGAGAAGUUUUGUCCCACUUCAAUUUCACUUCGACAUGGGGAAAUUCAAGGAGAUUUUGAUUCCGGAGGCGUCUUUCAAGGACUUUUCAGCUUACAGGACUGCUUUGUUAGAGACGAGGAUCAGGUUCGGUCGUCGAGUGUUCGCCAGAGCUGAUGCAGACUCCGAAGUUCUUCUCAUUACCCAACGGAGUGAGAACCAAAUGAAGCGUACGCUGAACUGGUGGGACUUGAUGUGGAUGUCCAUCGGUGCAGUGGUAGGCUCCGGCAUCUUCGUCAUCACUGGGGAGCAGGCGAAGUAUGUGGCUGGACCGGCCAUCGUUCUCUCAUACGUAGCUGCAGGCGUGUCAUCCAUGCUGUCUGUAUUCUGCUACACCGAAUUCGCCAUCGAGGUUCCUGUCGCAGGUGGAUCGUUCGCAUAUCUUAGAGUGGAGUUGGGAGACUUCAUCGCGUACAUUGCAGCUGGAAACAUCGUUCUGGACUACGUCGUGGCCUCGGCGUCGGUUGGGAGGGCCUGGACGUCCUACUUCGCCGCUCUAAUCAACCGUCACCCCGAUGAUUUGCGAAUUCACACCAGCUUGGCGGAGCAUUACAAUAAGCUGGAUAUCAUUGCGGUGGGAGUUCUGUGGAUCACGGGAUUCCUGUCGAUCGUGAGCGUGCGCGCCACCUCCAUAGUCAACUGGGUUGCAUCCUUAAUCACCAUGGGAAUCAUAUUCUUCAUUAUCGGCGCCGGAUUCGCCAAUGCCCACUCUGAGAACUACUCCCCGUUCCUGCCCUACGGGACUCGGGGCGUCUUCUCGGCUGCAGCGAUCGUGUACUUCGCGUACCUGGGCUUCGACGCAGUAGCCACUCUAGCCGAGGACACCAAGAACCCCUCGCGAGACAUUCCCAUCGGGCUUUUGGGAUCCAUGUCGCUGGUGACCGUGCUCUACUGCCUCAUGGCCGCAUCUCUCUGCCUCAUGCAAAACUACAAACUCCUCGACCCGCAAGUCCCAUUCUCGUUCGCUUUCAAGUCCGUGGCCGGAUGGAAAUGGGCUCAAUACGUCGUGGCCUUGGGAGCUUUGAAGGGUCUAACGACAGUACUGCUCGUCGGCACCGUCAGCCAGGCGAGGUACAUAGCGCACAUUGCCCGCACGCACAUGCUCCCUGUCUGGUUCGCUCACGUGGAUUCCAAGACCCAGACGCCGAUUCGUGCGACCGUGACCAUGCUGGGCUUGACGUCCGUGGUGGCGCUAUUCACCGACCUCGACGUGCUGGCGACGCUGCUGUCAAUCAGCACGCUCAUGAUUUUCAUGCUCGUGGCCGUGGCUCUGAUCGUUCGGCGAUACUACGACCCUGUGAGGACGUCUCGACAAACGAUGUGGUGCGUCGUGUCGCUGAUUCUGCUGAUGGUCGGGAGCUCCAUAGGAACUGCCCUGUACUGGCGGCUGAGCGAUGGCUGGUACGGGCACGUGAUCUUCGUCGGCACAUGGUUCGUGGCCACCGCAGUUUUGUGGCUAUUCUUCCCCAUCGAGCGACAGCCCAAGGUGUGGGGCGUGCCUCUGAUGCCCUGGAUCCCGUCGGCCUCCAUCGGAAUCAACAUAUUCCUCAUGGGCUCCAUUGAUCGAGACGCGUUCAUCCGGUUCGGAAUCUGGACUGUCAUCAUUUUGGUGUACUACGUCUUCCUCGGCCUGCAUGCCUCGUACGAUGCGGCUAUGGAGAUGCAAGAUCAGGAGCAACGACGGCCUCCGGGAUUGUGGAAUAUUUUAGCCGAGGCCAACCCCAACAUCAGUCGAUCCCCGAGGCCGAAAGGCACCGUGAAGAGCCCCAAGUACGGGGAAGACGAUCCCGAGGACGAUUAUGCCUUGCAGUUGUCUGCUCCGACCAGUCCGCUCAACCUCGUGCCUACGUGAAAGAGAGAGGACCUCCACAUACAUUCAGCCACAUACAUCGAGCGUUCAAGCUCUCUAGCGUUAGACUGGUCCGUCUUUCUUCUGCACUCGCGGAACCAUAAUUGUACAUUGGGAGACAACUUUGUAAUAUUUCUCUA